AAACCGUUAAACCGUUGAAGCGCAAGUAGGCUGUGCUCGUGGAAAGUAACCGACUGUGAUAUAAAUUACCAAAGAUUAGUUAAAAAUGAGUGACGAAAGGCCACUUUUACCUAUAAAGGUUUGCGUAAGGCCUAGGCCUUUGACUCAAGUCGAAAUUUCAACGAAGGCCCCCAAAGUGAUAAAGUACAUGAACCCCAAGUAUCUCGUGAUCAAAACCGGAAGAAUUAAGAAGAGAUACACUUUUGAUUACGUUUUUGAGGAGAAUGCUGACCAGUUGGAGAUUUAUGAGGUUGCGGUAGCCCCCUUCAUUCGUAGCGUCCUUGCGGGUUACACUUGCUCGUUUCUUACAUACGGACAAACGGGCACGGGGAAGUCGUACACACUUUUUGGGGAACGUGAAAUUGACUUUUGUGACUUCAAAGUGGAUAAAUCAAUUGGUUUGAUUUUGCGAGCUGCUGAGGAACUUUUCGAGGAAUUGGGUAAACUUGAUGCGGAAACUCAGUACUCAGUUCGAGUUUCAUUCAUUGAAAUCAACCACGAACAAGUUCUUGAUUUGCUUGACGACAGUACUCCCUUGAGAGUGUAUGAUGAUCCGUUGGAUGACGGUUCAGUUUGUUUUAAUGAUUUGACGCAAAUCACGGUUUUUAACGCUCAUGAUGUCAAUGACUGGGUUAAUAUCGGUCGAAAAACAUUGAAAAAGAGCUCAUACUACGCGUAUCUUUCUCAUUUGAUGGUCACCUUGUUUGUGGACGUGAAAAAUGGCGAACGUGUUAAAACCGGUCGUUUAAAUUUCGUCGAGUUGGCCGGGAGUGAAAACGCCGGGUUUAUCGCCGAACAAACAACCGAAGAAUUUGCAGUGAUUCACAAGUCACUUAACGUAUUUGGGAACGUAGUCAAGUGUCUAGGACUACAAUUAAAAUCAAUUCCAUUCCGUGAUUCGAAAUUGACUCGAAUUUUGCAAGAUAGUCUCAACGGUAGCGCCAAAGCUUGUAUCAUAGCCACCUUUUCAACUAGCAGCAAGUCCGGCCGUGAAACCUUAAAUACUUUACAGAUCGCAACUUUAAUGAAACGACUCGCCACUUUCCCCCAUUUUAAAAUCGCUAAAACUCUAACUGACGCUUCAAGCGCCUUGCAAGAAAAAAUCGAGAAACUAGAAAGCGAAUUGGCGGAUUUAAGAGAAAAUCCAAGUGCCGACCUGACCCAAGAACAAGUCAACAAUAAAAUAAUUGAACUCCUCCGUGAAAUUCUCGAAUUAAAACAACACAAAAACAGAUUAGAAAGUCAAUAUCGCAAACAAAACGAGUCAUUUAUGAGAACAAAAACCUAUCUGGAGGAUGCUAAAGCGAAACAGAAAACUAGUGGAGAUAAAGAAUGUCUCUUGACUCGUUUAUUUGACAGAAACCAAGAAAUGAUUCAAAAUGCAAGUAGAUUGCUUGAUAUUUGUCAGAAAGAGAUCAGUGAAAGGAUUCCCCCGAAAGUUGAGGCGAAAAACGAGUCAACUAACUUGUCCACGAUUGUGGAAGUUGUGACUGAUACCAUGAGGGAUGUGCGACAAGCAACCAAAUUUCAUCGACGCCACCAAUUGAAUCGUGUUGUUAACAUCGCCCAAUUUAAUACUUUCCUCCGGAGACGCUUCUUGGGUGAUUUGCAACAAAUUGCCGAUAUGAUGCGCAGAAUUAGGACUUUGCAACCGGUGGACAUCUAUGAGCUUCUCAGUAGCCAAGCACGUGUCACCGCUGACCAUAUUGCAGUUUACAUAAAUGGGGUUUACGGCGAGAUUUCUCAACAUUUAAGAAUUCCUGAGAGAGCCAAAGAAGAGUUGACUCAAAUGAAGGACGGGAUUAUUAGCCUCACUGAAGAAGUGACCAAAACUGAGGGAGAAUGUCGCGCUGAGAUGGACCGUAAUGAGCACGACAGAAACGAGUAUUUUAAUGUCAUAUUUAGUUUCUUUGAAGAGCUUUUGAUUGGUUUAGAUGCCCGUGAAACUAGCAUAAGGACUCAGUUAACUGAGGGACGCGUGUCUCUAGAAAAUAUGAAAAAUGAGGUGCGGAAGAUUUUAGAUGAGAAAAAAAUGCUCUUAGAGGAAGCGUCGGUUUCAGAAGAGGCAAUGGAAUUCAUUCGUGAUCAGCUUGAAGGUCGCCAUAGUAAUAAUCUGUAUGAAGAAGCGAGACAGAUGAUGAGUGUUCCUGAAAAAAUGAUAUUUGCGUAUAAUGACUUGAACGCUGACGAUGUCGCUCUACGUUUCAGCAAUGCUGUUAAUGAUUUUUAUACUGAAUGUGUCUCUCAGCAAGAAUGUGUUAAUGACUACGCUGAUGAAGUCCUUUCAACUCUUAAAUCAGCCCUCGCUAAGCACAAUGCACACAAUGCAGCCGCAGCUUCGCAGAUUAAAGUGGUCGGAGAAGGUGUCCAAAAAAACAUUUUUGAGAGGGCUUACAUCAACACUAUUCAUAUUGAACAAGCCGCCGCUGUCGCUGACCAAAGUGGAGACGAUUUUGUUUCCAAAAUGAAGAGUCUCGUUGGGAAAACUUUGAAAGAACUGGAAUUGAUUGAAAACAAGAUUCGUUCUGCAAUUAGUGUAAGAGAGGAGACUCUUGUUACUGAAAGCGAGACUCCUGAUCCAGAGAAUAUCGAAAAUGUUGCCCCUCCUGAUGAGAAUCUUCCUCAAGGUGGGGAGGAGGACCACGAACCGGAGAAGUAGGUAACCAAAGUUCGAGUUUUUCGAUUUUUUGCUUGCAAUUUUUUUUCAAAGAAUAUUUUUUAAUUUUGCUUUGCUAUUGGUGGGGAUGAGUAACGAAAGUUCCUUUUGGGUUUUAUGCUUACAAAAAUCUGAUUAUAUUGCGGAUUAUGUAAGCAAAAAAAUUCACUAGUCAUGUUUAAGUACUUUUUUGGAGGACUGAGAAUAUUAGUCUUAGUUUGUCGUAAGUUUUGCAUGCAUGUUUUUGUUCUGGUUUAGGUAACCAAAGUUCCUGCUUAUUGAUUUUAUGCUUACAAAAAUUUGAUAAGAUGGUUUUUUUUUGUAAAAAUUUGGACCUGUAAGCAAAAAAUCUAUUUAUUGAUAUUAUUACAUGUGUUUUGAUUAAGAAUAUUAGUAGUAUUAAUAGUUUUAAGUUUUGUUUGCAAUAUGCUAUUUGAAUUUGUUCCACGUUCUGAGUUUGUUCCUAAUAAAAAUUACUUUCGGUA